AUGAUUAUUGUUCCACUAUUAUCUAAAAUUUCAUCACCUUAUAAUUUCACACAAGAUCAAAUUUUUUCACUAACAAAUCAUAUUCAAUUUGGUGGUGAUGAAGUUGUUAAAGCAAAAGAUAAUACUGGAUCUGCAACUCUUUCUAUGGCAUACACUAUUAAUCUUGAUGCUGAUCAGAGAAGGUAG